AUGACAGAAAACCUGUAUCAUCUAAGUAAUGACAGUAAUGGAGCCACGCUUCAGAACAGUAAUACUUUUACAAGACCUUGUUAUGGUAUAUCUGCCACAAGCUCAUCUCAUCCCUCUCCAGUGUCUCCAAAUGCUAAUCAAAAGUACAUACCAUCCCCUACCACUCCUCAAAAUGAGAUUCCUUCACUGCUUGACAUACACCAAUGUGGCGCUUGGGACUGUAAUCAACUCGAGAAGUCUGCAUCUUCACUGCUAACUGAGGCUAUGGACUCCCAUAUUGUCUACCCCUUUAAUGUUUCUCUUCAAACUAACCCCCCACUGUCUUGCAAAUUAAGUUCCAAUGUUCUACACCCACUAGACUCCUUUUCCAAUGCAUUUUCUGUGAAGAACCCAAAUGCUGUUUUUACAAACAGUGUAGGGGAAAGAUGUUCAGAGGACUGUCAUGUGUCAGAGAUGUUGGUGUCACCGCAGAGUGGAGCACCUUCAGAAGGGUCUGACAGAGAUCUCUUUAGUCCUGUAAACAUGCAGAGUCAGCCACAGCAUAAUCAGAUACUAAACCAUCCAAUAGACAACCCAAACAUGGCUUACAAUUUCUACCAAUCCCAUCAGCAAUAUCAUUAUUCACAGUUGAGAGACAGCCAUUCAGAGCCGAUAUACAAGGUACCCUUUUAUACUCCUCAAAACCAGUAUCUUCUCCAGCAGCAAGGCUUUCAUAUCCAGCAGCACCAACCCACCUCUCAUUCCUCCACCCUGCAAAAGCAGCUAACUCCAGUAGAUGUCCGAGAAGGCCAAGAGUUAGUUGGAUCACCAAGCUAUACCUACUCUGAAGAACACAAAUCACCAGAGCAAGCAGCUUUUCAGUCAGCUGGGAAAGGGUUAUCUCUUCACUCUCCUCAGUUCCAGGGAUCACAUCAUUUUCGCUCACUUUCUCAUCAGAGUGAACUUUACCAGAACCAAGUGCAUUUUGAGCAGUCACACCUAUUGCCUUUAAAGCAGGAUCACUUGGCAUCAGUUGAUGAUGUGCCAAAAGAGGACACAUGUCUGGAUUUAAACUACUCCCAAAAACGGAGUGACUUCUUCGGUUCCCAUUAUCAAAGUGUCGGGACAGGGGUUAAUCAAGUUGUUCCGGCAACAGCUCUGAGAGGAGAAGUCCUUCAUCACCUUAACAGACCACAAUGGGCACAGGUAGUCAUCAAUGCAUUUUUAAAAGAAAUUAACUACUCUCUGUCCAAAAAGUGCUCAUCUGGGAACCAGGACGACCUAAUUCCGCCCUAUUACAGGAGGCAAGCGGUGAGGGGUCAAGGCUCAAAAACCAAGCUAAACUGCAUUUUAUGCCACAGGGAGUUUAAAAGCUUGCCAGCCCUUAAUGGCCACAUGCGGUCACAUGGAGGAUUCAGGACACAUACCUCAACACUCAAAAAUCCUGAUGGACAAAUGCAGCUAUGCAGAGAAUUAACUCAAACUGAUACUAUGGUGUUUCCUGUGUCUGUUCCUGUAAAGAACAUCCAAGAACCUUCCAGGAUUUCAAAUUUGCUUCAAAACCAUGUGAACAAAAAUUAUUUUGAAGACUUGUGUAGUCCACAGCAGCAACUUCCUUUACAAAAAGUCUUCUCAUCACGUGUGAAGAGUCCUGUAGGAGUCGGGAAUGGCAUAACAAAGCAAGAGAAAAAACGGUCCCGGCACUGUGUGGUUCCACUUGUCAUUACAUCAUGUAAUGCUGGACUUCAAUCCAGAGGACCAGUGCUUUUCCAGAGCCAGCUGCGUUCACCAGGAAGCUGUGGAGAUGAUGUUCCAUACACUCCUCCACCAAUGCUUAGCCCUGUGCGUCCUGGCUCUGGCCUCUUUAGCACUGUUAAUGGAGGCAACACAUGCAACGUAGCACAGAUUGUUUCUCGAGUUCAUCUAUGGAAGGACAGUGACAAAGAUGACUGCAAUGUCACACCAGCAGAUAAAUUAAAUGGCUUAAAACCUCAGAUCAAUGUUGGUACAGAUUUUCAAGCGGACAUACCAGAUAUUCAGAGUCACUCUAAAGUGACAGAAGACACCCAUAAAGCUGCUCUUCUGUGGACACCCUGCAAUAUGGAUGAACCUGAAAAGCAACAAAGGGUGGAUAAUCUGUUGAGAAUGGCAUGCUCCAGUGUGCUCCCAGGAGGUGGAACAAACACUGAAUUCACUCUGCAUUGUUUGUUUGAAUGUCGAGGAAAUGUCAUGACAACCCUUGAGAAACUGCUUACACUGGAGCCACUGAAACCUAUGUGCAAUCCUUACACAGGUUACCAUUACGCUGGAUCAGAUAACUGGACCAUGCAAGAAAAGAGACAACUAAACAAGGCCUUGUUAAUUCACAACAAAGAUUUUUACCUCAUUCAAAAAAUGGUGAAGACAAAAACAGUAGCUCAGUGUGUUGAGUAUUACUACACAUGGAAGGAGAGGCUUCGACUGGGGAGGAGAUUUAGCACUGGGCCCACAACACCAGAGAGAGAGAAAAAAAGUACCAUGAAGGGAUGUAACACGAAGAGCAAAACUGAAGGCCAUGAAUUCUCUGAACUUUCACACACUAUCUGGGCUGUGUCUGUUUGUGAAGUCCCUCGUUCUGAUCCAAUGAUAAACGGAGAUGAACUGAACCACAGCAAUAAAGACGGACUUUAUUCCCCAGUUGAACAUGGCAGACCCAGAUCAGCUCAGCAGUUUUCUGCAGGCUCUGUAAAAAGCUCUCCUUCAAACAGUACAGCCAGUGGUGACACGGACUCAAACCGUAUAUUCCCCUGCACUGAAUGUGGAAAAGUGUUUUUUAAGGUGAAAAGUCGCAACGCCCACAUGAAGACUCAUCGUCAACAGGACGAGCCACAGUUUUGGCAGCUUCAUAACCUUUCUGAACCGGAAAACCAAACAGUGACACCUGCAAGCCCAUCCAUUAUAGCACCUCAACCUGUACUUCCUCUUUCUUUAUCUUUCAAAAGUGGCAGAAAUACAAACCUAUUAUCUAUCAACAGUGCAGAAACAUUGCAACAAGCGGUCUGCCUUUUGCAGAACCAGAAUCAGAAUGAGUAA